CAAUUCUGGUCAUAAGCUGAGGACUACUUUUAUUUUGAAUAUACGAUAUAUAAGACAAAAAUCUUCCUUUGCUUCUUAUCUGCAAAAGAAUGAUGUCUUUAAAAAAAUCUAAAAAAAAAAAAAAGAAUAUAACCAGAAACAAGAGCAGGCAAUCAGCAGAAACAGCACCCAUCAGGGAUUUUAGCUGACAGGGUGAGUGAUUGAUUUACAGCGUGUUUACUUUAGCAAGCACCCAGCGGCACCAAAGUUCAGCCUGAAACAUUUUCCCCCUGUCUUCCUUGCAAAGGCACUUGUGAGCCUUCCCUUCGUCAACAGGAAAGCUCAAGAGCGUCUCCUUUGAAGGACUCCGUUUCCAGCUCAAAUACGAUGAAGUUCUUUUGGCGCUCAGUGGUCUUCUCCCUCGCCAUCUCCUUGGCAUGGUGUGGCAUCAAGGACCUUCACGAGCACUUCGAACAAGUGGGCUGGGAGGCCCAAUCCCUCCAUCCUCGUAGCCUUCUCAGGAACGAAAGCCUUCAGGUGACCAACCUCUCCCCCGAAUUCCAUCAAGAAAACACGGUGACCCACGACUUGAGCGUGGAAGAAGAAGAGGAGGAGGACUACCUGGACUUUGACAAACUCUUCAGAGAAGAUGACGACGACUACAUUGAUAUAAUUGACAGCAUUCCGGAUACCAUCUCUCACGUCGAGCAAGGAAACGUGCUGGCGCUCUUCCGUGGGAAGACCAGAAUCCAACGACUCAACAUCCUCAACGCCUACUUUGGCUUCAACCUUUACCGAAGCCUUCGGGACCACGUCAACUCUUCCGACAAUAUCUUCUUGGCUCCGGUUGGCAUCUCCACCGCCAUGGCGAUGGUUUCCUUGGGACUAAGAGGUCAAACCCUGGAGGAGGUCUUGGACGUUCUAGGUUUUGAAGACUUUGUGAAUUCCAGUUCCACCUAUGACUACUUGACUUUUCACAACCUCUUCCUCAAACUCACUCACCGGCUCUUCCGGAGAAAUUUUGGCUACACCCUCCGGUCAGUCAAUGACCUCUACAUCCAAAGGCAAUUCUCCAUCCUGAACGAGUUCAAGGACAAUAUGAAAAAGUACUAUUUUGCCGAGCCUCAGCUGGCUGACUUUUCUGACCCGGCCUUCAUCACUCAAGCGAACGAGCGGAUUGUAAAGCUCACCAAAGGCUUAAUCAAAGACGCUCUCGUUAACGUGCACCCUGACACGCUCAUGAUGAUUCUCAAUUGUUUGUACUUCAAAGGAACCUGGGAAAACAAGUUUCCGGUAGAGAUGACCCACAAGCAGACCUUCCGGCUGAACGAGAAGGAGACGGUCAAAGUCCCGAUGAUGAAGAUCAAAGCCAGCUUCCUGGCCACGGAAGACAACGAGCUGGACUGCAGGGUGUUGCAACUACCCUACGUGGGUAAUAUCAGCAUGUUGAUUGCGCUUCCCUACAAGCUGGCGGGUCUGAAGGCUCUGGAGAACCAGCUGAGCCCCCAGGUGGUGGAGAGAUGGCAGAAGAGCAUGACCAACAGAACCCGAGAAGUGCUGAUGCCCAGAUUUAAGCUGGAGAAGAACUACGACUUGAUUGAAAAUCUGAAAGCGAUGGGGAUCGAGGAGCUGUUCACCCAGCGCGGCAACUACUCCGGGAUCUCGGAGGAAAGGAUCACCAUCAAUAAGUUCAAUCAUCAAGGGACGAUUACGGUGAACGAAGAAGGGACCGAGGCUGCCUCCGUGACCACCGUGGGCUUUAUGCCACUCUCAGCUCAGAUCCGUUUCGUCAUUGAUCACCCCUUCCUCUUCCUGAUCUACGAACAUCGUACCAGCUGCCUGCUCUUCAUGGGGAGAGUUUCUGACCCCAGCAAGCAUUAAGCGGUAGAAUCACAACCGUGGGACAACUGCAUGUAGACAACUCGGAUUUAACUUACACUAUUACUGGUUUUUAUAGGCAGAGGUAGGCGAGCCACAAGUGCUAGUAGCACAGCUUCCCCCCCUUCCCCUCUCCGCCCCCCCGAAGCUGCCACAGGUAGUCCUCGACUUACGAGCACAAGGGAGCACAACGUUUCUGUGGCUAAAUGAGACAUUUGUUAAGUGAGCUUUGCCCCGUUUUACGACUCUUCUUGCCACGUCAGUUAACUGAAUUGCUGCAUUUGUUACAUUAGUCAGACAGUGGCUCAGUGCAAAAGCAGGUGUCACAUGACCCCCAGGAACGCCGCUGCAAUCGUCAUAAAUAUGAAUCAGUUGCCAAGCCUCUGAAUUUUGAUCAGCUGACCACGGGGGUGCUGCAACAGUCGUCUAAGUGUGAAAAACGGUCAUAA